GCGCCGCCUCCACGCCCUCCUCCUCCUAACUCGGCCGGGCGCCUGGCACCAGGGACCGUUGCCUGACGCGCGAGGCCCAGCACCACUUUUCGCCCCGCAUCUCCUUCCCGCUGCUCUCCCAACUCCUGCCCUAACUCCCUCGCCCCCUCGCUCCGCUCCGCCCGCGAGCCCCCGGCCGCGCGCCCCUCUGCCCGCGCCCGCCACUCUCCGCCUGCCCCAGAGGUGGGAGCGCGUCGGCCCCGGCCCACACCAUGGCCCGGUUCGGCAUGCCCGCGCUUCUCUGCACCCUGGCCGUGCUCUGCGCCGCGCUGCUGGCUGCCGAGCCCAAGUCGAAAAGUUGCUCGGAAGUGCGACGGCUCUACGUGUCCAAAGGCUUCAAUAAGAACGAUGCCCCCACGCACGAGAUCAACGGUGAUCAUUUGAAGAUCUGUCCCCAGGGCUAUACCUGCUGCUCUCAGGAGAUGGAGGAGAAAUACAGCCUGCAAAGUAAAGAUGAUUUCAAAAGUGUGGUCAGCGAACAAUGUAACCACUUGCAAGCCAUCUUUGCUUCCCGUUACAAGAAGUUUGAUGAAUUCUUCAAAGAACUACUGGAAAAUGCAGAGAAAUCUCUGAAUGAUAUGUUUGUGAAGACCUACGGCCGCCUAUACAUGCAAAAUUCUGAACUGUUCAAAGAUCUCUUUGGGGAGCUGAAGCGCUACUACGUGGCAGGAAGUGUGAACCUGGAAGAAAUGCUAAGUGACUUCUGGGCUCGCCUUUUGGAGCGGAUGUUCCGCUUGGUGAACUCCCAGUACCACUUUACAGAUGAGUAUCUGGAAUGUGUGAGCAAGUACACCGAGCAGCUGAAGCCCUUCGGAGACGUCCCUCGGAAACUGAAGCUGCAGGUUACUCGUGCAUUUGUAGCAGCCCGUACUUUUGCUCAAGGCUUAGCGGUUGCAAGAGACGUAGUGAGCAAAGUCUCUGUGGUCAAUCCCACAGCCCAGUGUACCCAUGCCUUGCUGAAGAUGAUCUACUGCUCCCACUGCCAGGGGCUUGUGAAUGUGAAGCCCUGUUACAACUACUGCUCGAACAUUAUGAGAGGCUGUCUGGCUAACCAAGGGGAUCUCGAUUUUGAAUGGAACAAUUUCAUAGACGCGAUGCUGAUGGUGGCGGAGAGGCUCGAGGGUCCCUUCAACAUCGAAUCGGUCAUGGAUCCCAUCGAUGUGAAGAUUUCUGAUGCUAUAAUGAACAUGCAGGAGAAUAGUGUGCAAGUGUCUCAGAAGGUUUUCCAGGGAUGUGGACCCCCCAAGCCCCUCCCAGCCGGCCGGAUUUCACGUUCCAUCUCUGAGGGGGCUUUCAGUGCUCGCUUCAGACCAUAUCACCCUGAGGAACGCCCAACCACAGCAGCUGGCACUAGUUUGGACCGACUGGUUACUGAUGUCAAGGAGAAGCUGAAACAGGCCAAGAAGUUCUGGUCCUCCCUGCCCAGCAAUGUUUGCAGCGAUGAGAGGAUGGCCGCCGGGAAUGGCAAUGAAGAUGAUUGUUGGAAUGGGAAAGGCAAGAGCAGAUACCUGUUCGCAGUGACGGGAAAUGGCUUAGCCAACCAGGGCAAUAAUCCAGAGGUCCAGGUUGACACCAGCAAACCAGACAUACUGAUCCUUCGUCAGAUCAUGGCUCUUCGGGUUAUGACCAGUAAAAUGAAGAAUGCAUACAACGGGAACGAUGUGGACUUCUUUGAUAUCAGUGACGAGAGCAGUGGAGAGGGAAGUGGAAGUGGUUGUGAGUAUCAGCAGUGCCCUUCAGAGUUUGAGUACAACGUGACUGAUCACUCUGGGAAGAAUGCCAAUGAUAAAGCCAGCAGCCCUGGUGCCCUUGUGGGGGCACAGCCCUACCUCCUUGCUGUCUUCUGCAUCUUGCUCCUGGUCAUGCAGCGAGAGUGGAGAUAAUUCUGAAUCUUAGAGGGAAAAGUUUUCAUCAAAAAGAUAAAAAGGCACCAGUUAUCACUUUUAUACCAUCUUAGUGACUUUGCUUUUUAAAUGAAUGGACAACGAUGUACAGUUUUUACUAUGUGGCCACUGGUUUAAAAAAUGCCAACUUUGUGUUUUCAUUCAGUUUUGUGGGGGAAAGGGACUCGUAUGUAAAGUUGAUUCCUGCUCCCCCAGAAUCAUGUUAAAUGUGGCUAACAGUGUAGGUACAGAACUGUAGUUAGUUGUGCAUUUGUGAUUUUAUCACUCUCUUAUUUGUUUGUGUUUUUUUUUCCUUUUUGUUUGUGGGUUUUUUUUUCUUCAGUUAUGAUCUUACCUUGUUUCUUACAAGAAAACCAGGGUCCUUUCUUGGCAUGUAACAUGUACGUAUUUCUGAAAUAUUAAAUAGCUGUACAGAAGCAGGUUUUAUUUAUCAUGUUAUCUUAUUAAAAGAAAAAGCCCAACAAGCAGUAAAAAUUCCAUUCAUCCCUGUUGUUUUAGUUGCCUUAUCUGGAGAGAAGUGGAUGUGAUUUUUUUUUAUUAUUAUUAUUAAGUUAGGACAGAAUGUGAAGGCACGGGGGGCUUCUGAGCCACUUGGUGGGUUGUAUUAAGGCAUCAAUACGAGAAGAAGGCUGUACUUCAUUGAUAGCCAGGGACUGGAAGAGACUGCAGACUACACCUGUCUUGGCUGAACUGAAUUACAUAAACUAAGAUCGCAGGUAGAUAGGUCUAUUUCUCGAACCCACUUAUACUAAAAAGUGGAACCCAUUUAGAAGAUUCUUUUUCAUACACUCUCCCUAGAAAUAUAGAAGGCAUUCAGGACGUCUGAGUUAUCACACGUUCACACUUAGUUUGGGGGUGGGUUUUUGUCUUUUUGUGUUUUAUCCAGGCAAGUUAGCAAGCCGCUGUGUGCUGGUCUUCAUGUCCACACUGACCUGCUUUAAAUUCCUAUCCUGAUGGCAGAAAUGACCAAUUGACUAAGAAGAUCAUUUGGUCCCCUUUGUUACAGUGUACCAGAUUUCAACCCCAACCACAUAGAAUAGGGAACUGUCUGGGCACCAGCCCAAACCAGGGCACAGCCCAGGCUCACGGAAGAGCUGUCAACACUCCUCCGAGCAAAGAUUUUGCCUGUGCAUCUACAUUUGGUUUGGGAUCCCAAUUUUUGUAAAAAGAGAUUUCUAAAGUGCCCUACUUGAGUUGUCUGCCUGGGCCCCUGCCUCAGAAAGGCAAAGGGCUGGCUGUGCAGUUCAUGGUCAUGUGACACCCUUUCAGCCAAGAACUCCACUUGGUGGGACCUGAGUGUCCAGAUAUUUUUCACAUAAUGUUUUUGUUUGGAGGGGGGACAGGAAGGAGUAGAGAGUCCAGAAGAUAAUAGCUUAGUGGUGAUCCCAUAGCCACCAGGGGAUGGGGGGAUCUUGCAAAGGCUGGUUCUGUUGUCCCUGGGUCCCUAGGACUCCAUUCCUCCUAUCCUUACCAAAUGUCAACCCAUAAAACUAUGAGAUAGUAACAAAUCCCUUGAAAAAGGAGUUCCCAAAAAGUCUUCAAAAUGAGAAAAUCCUGCAAGUCUCUUCCUGCCUUAGACCCCCAUCAAGAUCCUGACCUAUUCCACAAAAGCUAAAACCCACAGAGAGGUGGUUUGUGUUCCUGUUCAGAUCUUCAGUUGUAAGACUAAUUCUCUAUUUUUAUAUUGAAGCAUAAUUACUCAAUAGCUCAGGGUCUAUAUUUCACUCGACUUUUUACACCAAAUUCUGCGCGAAUGGUCAACAUGGAAUAUUGGGGGCUGUUGUAAACAGAGGCUUAAUUUUAUUAGCAGUAGCCAGUUAUUUAUUCAAGCAUGAUGUUAAUAAAAUAGGCAUAUUCUGGCUGGUGUGUAUAAGUGGUUUUUUUUGUUGUUGUUGUUUUAAAACCAAUCACGGAAGACCUAAAAUGAAAAGGUGCUCCAUUUAUAUAUGAGGAAAAAUGGAUUGUAAAUAGCUAAGCUGCCUUGUGAGAACCUGGAAAAUGUGCUGAUACUUAGUAACUACCUCAGUUGUGAGGAAUUUCCUUUUUAGCUUAGACUGCCAUUACUUUGACUUGGUAGAAAUGAAUCUGGUCUCCAAAAUGUGGCUCAAAGAGUUAUCCCCGUAGACCUUGUGAGAUUGUUUUUAAUUUAAAACUUUGAACUCUGCCCAGCUGUUUUCUUUCAGUCAACUUCUCUACACCAAUAACAUUUUCCGAAUUAAAUAUUCUUGAAGGUU